UUUGUAGUGAAGGAGGGACGUGGGACAAGAAUGAGUUGGAAAAGACUCAGAAUCUGUUUGCCAUUCAUUCUAGCAACAAGUUUCAAACGGACAAGCGCAUAGAACAAGGCGGUUUUACUGCAUACCACUGCCUGCAUCUCCAAACCCAGAAGAGGAUGUCUGUGUCAGGGAAGAAGGAGUUUGAUGUGAAACAGAUCCUCAGGCUCCGUUGGCGCUGGUUCAGCCAUUCAUCUCAAGGUUCUGCUGGUGGUGGAGGUGGCAGUGUGGGAAGCUACAUCCAGCAGGAUGGCCUGGACCACAGAGGAACUCCUGUCCAGGGACGACUGAAGAGCCACUCACGGGAAAGGGGCAUCGGAGGAUUGCGGAAGACCAGCAGUCCUGUGCACAGCGUCAUGUCGCAAACGCCAGGGCCAACACCUGUCUAUGUCAGGACAGGUCAUCAGUCAUGGCAUCAUCAACCCAACACCAUCCAGGGCCUCCAGGUCAACGAGGAGUAUCCAAAGAGCAUUUCCUCUCCCAGCACAACGAGGAAAGAGGAAACAAACUCUGGCCAGGAAGUAAUGAUAAGCAGCACAGAGGAACCUGCAGAGGUGGAAGCCAGAGACAGGUUGGUCCUGAGCAAUUUGUCCAGAAUGAGCACCAACUCCUCCGAUGAAUUUUUCCAGGCCACAAAUCAUGCAGAGCACACGUUCCGUAAAAUGGAGACCUACCUCCAGCACAAGCAACUGUGUGACGUACUGCUGAUAGCAGGGGAUCACAAGAUACCAGCUCAUAGGCUCGUCUUAAGUGCAGUUUCGGACUACUUUGCUGCUAUGUUUACCAGCGAUGUGAGAGAGGCAAAGCAAGAGGAGAUAAAGAUGGAAGGAGUGGAUCCUGAGGCCCUCAGAUCACUGGUACAAUUUGCCUACACUGGUGUCCUUGAGCUGAAGGAGGAGACCAUUGAAAGCUUAUUGGCGGCAGCAUGCCUCCUCCAGCUUUCACAAGUGAUCCAGGUCUGCUGCAGCUUCCUCAUGAAGCAGCUUCAUCCGUCCAACUGCCUUGGAAUACGAUCCUUUGCAGAUGCCCAAGGCUGCGUCGACCUGCUGAACGUGGCUCACAACUACACCAUGGAGCAUUUCCUGGAGGUCAUUCAGAACCAGGAGUUCCUGCUGCUUCCCACGGCUGAGAUUGUUAAAUUGCUCUCCAGCGAUGACAUCAACGUUCCAGAUGAAGAAACAAUUUUUCAGGCUUUGAUGAUGUGGGUGAGAUUUGAUGUCCAGCAUCGACAGCAGGACCUCGGGGUUCUGCUCUCUUACAUCCGCCUUCCUCUUCUUCCUCCACAGCUCCUUGCAGAUCUAGAAAACAACAAGAUGUUCUCUGAUGAUCUGGAAUGUCAAAAGCUUCUGAUGGAGGCCAUGAAAUACCAUCUGCUGCCUGAACGACGGCCCAUGUUUCAGAGCCCAAGAACAAAACCUAGAAAGUCGACAGUGGGUGCACUUUAUGCUGUGGGAGGAAUGGACGCUACGAAAGGCUCCACCACCAUUGAGAAGUACGACUUGCGAACAAAUACUUGGGUCCAGGUUGGAGUCAUGAAUGGACGGCGGCUGCAGUUUGGUGUGGCUGUGAUUGACAACAAGCUCUACGUAGUCGGAGGGAGAGAUGGGCUGAAGACGUCCAACAUGGUGGAAUGCUAUAAUCCUGUCAGUAAAGUUUGGUCAACUAUGCCUCCAAUGUCCACCCACCGUCAUGGGCUUGGCAUUGCGGUACUCGAGGGUCCCAUGUAUGCAGUUGGAGGCCAUGAUGGCUGGAGCUACCUCAACACAGUCGAGCGUUGGGAUCCGCAGGCCAGACAGUGGAACUAUGUGGCCAGUAUGUCGACGCCACGAAGCACCAUGGGAGUCACAGCACUCAAUGGAAAGCUGUUUGCAGUUGGUGGGCGAGAUGGCAGCUCGUGCUUGAGGUCGAUGGAGUGUUUCGAUCCACACACCAACAAGUGGAGCAUGUGUGCGCCAAUGUCCAAGAGGAGAGGAGGUGUGGGCGUAGCCACAUACAACAACUUCCUGUAUGCUGUGGGUGGACAUGAUGCCCCUGCUUCCAACCACUGUUCCAGACUCUCUGACUGUGUUGAGAGAUAUGAUCCAAAGACGGACACAUGGACCACUGUGUCCUCUCUCAGCGUUCCUCGGGACGCAGUGGGAGUUUGCUUGUUGGGUGACAGGCUCUAUGCAGUUGGUGGAUAUGACGGCCAGUCAUAUCUCAAAACUGUAGAGUCCUACGAUGCACAAAACAAUGAGUGGACUGAGGAGGUCCCUCUUAACAUCGGAAGGGCAGGCGCCUGCGUGGUGGUGGUGAAACUGCCGUGAGAAUCUCGUCUCAACAGCAACACAGAGGGCCUAAAUGAACGAGCGGCAAAGUGGAGUGGACAAACAAAGCAGCAGAUUGAGGACACAUCCUUGGAGGGAUGAAUUAUCACAUUUUCUUCUUUAACUUGGCCAUCCAGAUCUUUCACUGGGAAAUGCAGGCAAAGCCUUACCCAAAAACCAUUGUUUCUGUCAUUAGUUGAUUUGUCUGCCCAGUGGGUAGGACUGGAAAGACUGGAAUGCACUGCACAUUCCCCACAUUCUCAAACGAUUAAGAACUUGGCCAAAAACAUUGCGAAUCAGCGCCAAGGAUUUGCUAUACUGCGUUCUAAAAUCUAACUUGAAUGUCCUCAGAAUUUUAUGUAACAUUUACACUCUAAAAAAAUGAAUUCUGUUAGUUUACAAUUAAACAAAAGCAUUUCCUAUCAGUGCCAUCUCAGACAGUAUAUUUUUUGGGUUUAUAUGUCCCUUUAUAGAUACUACAACAACAAUUCUUAUUCUUGUAAAUAUAAACCACUGGGGUUUUUUAUUUUUAACAAGAGUGGUCUGAAGUGAUUGUUACUCUUUGGCAAUGAAGACCACUGUGAGUAAAACUGCAAGUGAAGAGUUUAAGAUACAGGAACGAAACACACUUAUUUGCACCAGUAGCAACAGAACACCAAAGUCAUUCACUUCUUUUAGAUGUCUUUUUGUGCAUUAAAUAAAGGUUUGCAAAUCUGUGAAUCAAAGAAAAUAUAUCAUAUUGAUAUUCCAUAUUUCUGUGUACAGCUUUCUGUUGAUGUUCUGGAGCUGCAUUUGUAUUUGUAGAAUCAUAACCCAACCAAUGCUGUCUUUAUUGAUUGUUCAUUUAGCUUCAGAACAUUUUUUUACAUUUGCAGUUGGAUGUCUUGCUAGUAAAAAUGUAUAUUGUUAGCGUGUUCACCACUACAAAAAAACCCCCAGAAAACAAAAAAAGUCUAACUAUAAUUAUAAUGGGUUUUGGGGGCCAAAUACUAUUCUUUGCUUUUGGUAUAAUUUUGUACAGCAUGCAAGCCAAUAAAAAUAACUUCAGUU